UCCUUGCCCCUCCUCUGGCUCCUCCCUCCUCUCGCGCUCAUGUUUUCCCGUGCCUGCUGCUAGGCGACGGAAGGCGUUUCCCCGUGAUUUAAGGAUACCUCUCUCACGCGGUGUCCUCACUCAGCUCAGACUGCCGCCGGGUCCCAACACGGCAACAGGCGGGAGGGAUUCCCCUGUUCGUCGCCUCUCUGUCUCUCUUUUCCCCCCCAUCCACUCAAACUAGUUUUAUUUUAUUAUUAAUUCUUUUUUUUUUUUAAUUAUUAUUAAUUAUUUACUGGCAUGUCUUGGAAGCAGAAGCAGAGACUGUAAGAGGGGGAUUUAUUUCACCAAAAAGAGAGAAACUUGGAGGAAAAAAAACACUGGCAUUGAACGGAUUCGUGCUCUAACUGAUGAGGCAGCCUCCAAAUGAAGUCGAGAUGGCGUGUGGAACUCUUCUCCCGUCUAUAUCCACGUUCACCAGCGACCUCACUGACAGGAGCAGACCCGUAGGAAGUGCCUAUCCAAAAUGGAAGGAGGAGCUGUCCCAUCUUAAGAGAUCCAGCGUGCCAGCAGGAAGCAUCUGCUCCGACCCAGAGCACCCCACUGCCAUCAGCGUAACAAGCAUCAGCAUGUCCAAGAAGGACGCGGAGCCAGACCUGGACUUAGACUACGACUUUAUUCUGUCCAACUCCAUUCUGCAGCAGCAGCAGCAACAACAGCAGCAGCAGGAGGACGCCAUGGCCUGCAGCUCUGCUCAGGCCAUGUCUUCCUCCCCCGGCUCCUUCACCUCGUCCUACCAACUCCCCUCCCCGCAAGACACCGCCAGCGAGCUGCUUUACACCAUCCCAGACAUCAGCGACGUCUCGCCCUCCGGCGGCUUCGUGGCGGAGCUCAUGAGACCGGAGCUGGACCCCGCGUACCUCCAGCCCACCAGCCUGCACGGCAAGUUUGUGGUCAAGACGACGAUGGACAUGGGGGAGUACGGCCCGGGCAUGAACGUGAGCAAGGCCUGCGUCGGCGCAGCGUCGGACCCGGCGCCGUCCCGCGUUUCGCCGUCCUUCGCGUGCCACAGGAUAAAACAGGAGAACCCUGGUAACUGCACCAUCUCGCAGCCCAUGGACCUCCACCUGGCGGGGGUCAACUCACAAGGCCGGGGAGCCCAGCAGCAGCAGCGGCCCAGCCACUUGGAGCUGCACGGGUUCCCAGGCGGAGGGCGGUCCAUGGCGGGCAGCAGGCUAUCCUCAUCCUCGUCCCUGUCUCCGGACCAUCCCCUCAGCCGGGACCACCAACUGGGCAAUCCUCCCAUCUCUCAGAUCCCUCUACCUCCACAGGGGUACCACCACGGCACCAAUCAAGGCUACCCCUCCUACCCUCAGACAUCGUCCAUGCAGUACCCAGAGGCCCUCAUGAUCUCCAGCGGCGACUGCCUGCCAGAGGAGCCCAAGCCCAAGCGCGGGAGACGCUCCUGGCCGAGGAAAAGGGUGGCGACGCACACGUGCGACUACGUUGGCUGCGGGAAAACGUACACGAAGAGCUCCCACCUGAAAGCGCAUCACCGCACGCACACAGGGGAGAAGCCUUACCACUGCGACUGGGAGGGCUGCGGCUGGAAGUUUGCACGUUCGGAUGAGCUCACUCGCCACUACAGGAAACACACGGGUCAUCGGCCGUUUCAGUGUCAGAAAUGCGACCGGGCCUUUUCCAGGUCGGACCACCUUGCUCUCCACAUGAAGAGACACUUAUGAGACUUUGUCGGAGAAGGACAAGUUGACAAAAUGCUGAAGGCUUCGAUGGUGGGGAAACAAACAAACAAACAAAAAAAGAGUUUAUAUAUGUUUUUAUGGAACCCUGAACAAACUCCUCCUCAACACGUUUUUUUUUUUAACUUGCCUUCAAGCUGGCGUCAAGCAGCAAGACAAGCUGUGGUGUUCAUGGCGAAAAGAGCAUUUCUCCUUUUAGGAGUCUUUUCUUCUCAAGACUGAUCAUUUGCACACGGUGCAAGUGACUCGACAAAACCUCUCAGCCAGGGUUGUAAAACUUUUUUAUGAAAAGGGACCAAAACUGGAAUUUAACCGACAAAACUUGGAGGACCAGGUGCCAGCAGUUUUUUUUUUUUUUUUUUUUUGUACUGGAAAUGUCAGGGAAACCAGGAGCAACAGAGAAAACAUCUCCAGAGGCCUUCUUUACCAGCGACACGCCAUGUUAACUACACACUGUUUCAAAUACUGUAUUAACAAUAUUUAUAUUCCAGUUUCACCUGCAAUGCCAUCUUUUUCAGGUACAGGGUUAGUGAACGCAGAAUGGUGCUCAGAAACUUAAAAGAUUUUCUUUUAAAAGCAAUAAAGGUACCAAAGAUUAAGAAAAAUGGUUUGGAAAAUAAAAAGGUGAAAAAGAAAAAGUGCCAUAAAGUUAUUGGUGAAACGUCUCUUCCACAAUCAAUCUUCAGGUGAACACGUAUAUUUUUAUGGCGAUGGCAAUCCUUUAAUGCACUGCAGCUGCAAAGUGCAAUAAUUUAUAUAAGACAUUCAUAUUUUUGUAUUGAAUGAGUAACUCUGAACAAAGAUUUUCUUUUUGUUUAUAGCCAAAAUAUGUAAUAUAAUGUUGACUUUUGUACAUUUGUAAAUAAAAACGCUUUGGUAUUGUUUUGUAUUACACUGUAUAAUGAAAUAAAAAUGUAUUUGAAACAACAGAAGUGCAAACUUCUGCAAAACAGUCA